AUGGCCGCGGAUCAUACUGAUUCGGCGAAAGAUGUUCAUGUUAAUAUCAAUCCGGCUAACAGAAACGAGCAAGAAAAGACUGUGAUGAAGCCACUACAUGCAUUCCAUGCGGGUUAUUUCAGAAUUUGCCUUUCUCUUGGUGGCCAGGCUUUGUUAUGGAAGAUCUUGAGUGACAAAGAUGUAUCUGAUCCUCUCCCUCACUUAUCUGCUGAAUUGCAUUCGGCACUUUACCUUUUUCUAUGGUACAUUGCACUCUGCACCUUGAUUGUGCUCUCAGUCCUCUACACUCUGAGGUGCAUUUAUUAUUUUCAUCUGGUGAAAGCAGAAUUCUUGCACUUUGUUGGCGUAAACUAUAUGUUCACCCCUUGGACUUCAUGGCUUCUAUUGCUUCAGUCAGUCCCGAUUCUGCAACCAAAAGAUUCAACUUAUCAGGGCCUUUUUCUGUUCUUCGUCAUUCCCCUGUUGGUUCUUGAUGUGAAGAUUUACGGUCAGUGGUUUACGACAGAGAAGAGGUUUCUCUCUGUGGUGGCGAAUCCGACGAGUCAGAUUUCGGUUAUAGGGAAUUUAGUGGCUGCUAGAACAGCAGCUCAGAUGGGAUGGAAAGAGAGUGCUACUUGUAUAUUUACGCUAGGGAUGACGCAUUACUUGGUAGUUUUUAUUACUCUUUAUCAACGUUUAUCAGGUGGGGAUCAUCUUCCGGUUAGCCUCCGUCCAGUUUAUUUCUUGUUCGUAGCUGCACCAAGUAUGGCAAGCUUGGCCUGGAGUUCAAUUUCUGGCACUUUUGAUACUCCAUGCAAGAUGCUCUUUUUUCUCUCCCUUUUCCUCUUUACAUCUUUGGCUUGUAGGCCAGCAUUAUUCAAGAAAGCAAUGAAGAAGUUCAAUGUGGCAUGGUGGGCGUAUUCGUUUCCCUUAACUUUCUUGGCCAUGGCCUCAUCAGCAUACGCACAAGAAGUGAAAGGGGUGGUAACUUCAGGAUUAGUGUUCAUUCUCACUGUCCUUUCCGUCUUCAUUUUCAUCUGCUUGUUGCUUUCCACAGCACUCAAUAUUCACAUCCUUUUGCGCGGUUCUGAUCCAAUUCUUAAAUUUGAUAGCAAGGGAAAGUAA